UUAAGAGUAAUGAGGAGAGAAAGAAGAAAAGAGCCCUGAAGAUGGGAAGGCUGUAGAGUUAUUGUGUAUCUGAGAGAGAGGAAACUGACGGUGAAGGAGUGAGCUGUUUUGUUCGGCGUUCCUCGGGAUGAGAGACGGUUUUCUGACUGUGAUGGUGUGUGGUUGUGAGUCUUCCGAUGUAAUGAAGAGGAUCUAAAAGGAGUCUAAAGUUUCCUGACGAGUACUGCUGUAAAGCCCUGAGCGAGAUAUCCUUUGGACGAGACAAACUGGUCGCCCAGCAUCAUGGAGAAGUUCAAGGCAGGCAUGGUCCUGGGAGCUGUCGGUGAUGCCUUGGGCUACAAAAAGGGUAAAUGGGAAAACUGCAUUUCAGGCAAGAAAAUCCAAGAGGAGCUGGCUUCUUUGGGAGGACUGGGGACCUUGAAGCUGGACCCUGAUAACUGGCCCCUGAGUGAUGCGGUGCUGAUGCACAUGACCACAGCAGAAGCUCUGAUUACAGAUUAUUGGUGUCUUGAUGAUCUGUACCGGGAGCUGGUGCGUCUCUACGUUGACGCCAUGGUGUCUCUCCAGGGCAGAGCUCCUGAUCCCAGCACAGUCGAGGGCUGUGUGCACCUCAAACCCCGCAACUACCUGCUGGCUUGGCAUACACCCUUCAAUGAAAAAGGGUCUGGGUUUGGGGCAGCUGCCAAAGCCAUGUGUGUCGGUAUGAGAUACUGGCAACCGGAGAGGCUAGAAAACCUGGUGGAGGUCAGCAUUGAGGUUGGCAGAAUGACCCACAACCACCCAACAGGGUUUCUCGGCUCACUGACAACUGCGCUGUUUGCAUCCUACGCGACCCAGGGGAAGCCUGUUGUGACUUGGGGUCGCGAACUCAUGAAGGUCAUCCCUCGGGCUGAGGAAUACUGCAAGAAGACUAUAAGACACAUGGCAGAGUACCAGGAACACUGGUUCUACUUUGAGGCAAAGUGGCAGUUUUACCUCGAGGAACGAGAGAUUGAGAACGAGGGACAGAACAAGCCCGUCUUCCCUGAGCGCUACGAUCCAGACGAAACGGACAAAGUGUACAAGCGUUGGAGCUCAGAGGGCCGCGCAGGGUGGAGAGGCCACGAUUGUCCCAUGAUCGCCUACGAUGCCCUUCUGGCUGCAGGGAGCGACUGGGCUGAACUGUGCAAACGAGCCAUGUUCCAUGGAGGGGAGAGUGAAGCCACGGGCCUGGUAGCAGGGUGUCUCUACGGCCUCAUGCAUGGUCUGGGCCAGGUUCCCUCAGGCCUGUACAAGGAUUUGGACAAAAGAGCACGCCUGGAGGAGCUGGGAGAGGCACUGUUCAAUGCAGCAUCUUCAGAGAAAUGCAUAGACAAGUAAACUUGAUCUUCACUGGCCUGACCCCUACUGACUGUCAGCGGAACUGCACUUGACUCUGCUUCACUCUGUCCUCACUGCCUG